CAAUAAAGACCAUAAUAUAAGCAAGACCGUUCCUUUUUCAAAACUAUAAAUUGAAGAGUAAAGUGCAGAAUUCACUAGAGACACCAUGGCAGUCAGCAUCCUCCUCCUGCUGUUCUUUGUCCUCAGUGGAGCGGAUGGUACUCAUAUUGUCGGAGGCAGAGAUGCUGCACCGCACUCACGCCCGUACAUGGCCUCUUUGCAAGUUAGAGGUUCCCAUAACUGUGGAGGAGCACUGGUGAAAGAGGACAUAGUGCUCACAGCAGCACACUGCCGGAUACGUGGACAAUACACAGUUGUGCUGGGUGGUGAUACCCUGAAGGGUAACGAGUCUGCAAAGCAGACAUUCACUGCAGUCAGAUCCAUUCCACAUCCAAGCUACGAUGGACAUAGGAAUGAUAUCAUGCUCCUAAAACUUGACCGCAAGGCCCAGCUGAAUGCAGCGGUGCAGCUGAUCCCUCUGAAGACCCGCAGGGUGAAUACAGCAAGUCGCUGCAUCACAGCCGGCUGGGGUGACAUAGGAGAUAACAGCACUUUAGCAAACAGGCUGCAGGAAGUCAAUGUCACCAUCCUGCAACAACGAAUAUGUCGCACGAGAUGGGGACGAGUUCCCGUCACCUUAACGAUGAUUUGUGGCGAGGGAGAAAGGAACUUGCAAGGCUUCUGCUCUGGGGACUCGGGUGGUCCAUUGGUGUGUGAUGGAGAGGUAGCAGGCGUUGUCUCCUUCUCUGGAAGGCGUUGUGGAGAUCGCAGCACACCUGAUGUCUACACACGCAUAUCAAGCUUCACAGACUGGAUUAGAAAUAACAGCAAUUGAAUGAUGAUGUGUCAGCAUGCUCAGCAUCGACAUUUGUUAUUGUUAUGCUUUCCAAAUGGAUUGGGCAAAGUCAAAUAUAUCGUUACACAUGCAUGAGCUGAUGUAAAAGAUUAAGCUGAAAUUUACAAGCACUUAUUUUACUUACUUAUUUUAUGUCAAACAGUGAUGCGCUGUUCAAUGAUGAAUAAAAUAAAUAAUGCAAAAAUAAA